AUGGCAGACACUAGCACUGCCCCAAACCAGGGGCAGAGCCAGGAGUCCAAAGAUAACAAACCGAGAGAGUACACGUAUGCCAAGAAGAAGUAUUCGAUUCAGGCAUAUUAUGAGAAGCUGCAAGAGGUGAAGAGGAGGAAUUGUGCCGACUGGUGGAAGUUCUUCCUCGUUCUGUUGCUCGAGAACGAGGUCAGGAUCGAGUGCACGCUUUUGGACGAGCGCAACUGGUCGCUGUGGGGCAACCUGUUCCACAAGGCCCGCAACCGCCUGGGGCAGAUGCGUGCGAUGAAGCUCAUCUUCAUCCGCCAGAACGACAGCUACGCGGCCAAGCGCAACGCCCUGUCGGAUGAGGAGGUGGUGAUGCAGCUGCUGGCCGGGGAUGAGGAGGAGUGAAGUAGCUAGGGAUUUAAGUUGUUCGGUCGGCAUUGGUAGCAGUCUAUGUCUGCUGAAGUUGGCCAGCAUGAGAUCUUGAUGGCAUACCAUGUCGGCUUUUGUGCAUUGCCAGGGCUUAGGAAUGAUGAUUUGGGCCCUGAUUCGUUGAAACCUUAACCCUUAGGAUAUGGAGUUAAAGAAGCAUCAAAGGGAUAAGCGCCUGUGACGUGUACUCGACCGUCCAGUGCGCCCUCGCAUGCUUUGACCCAUGGGUCAAUACUGCGGCGGAGUAUAAUGGCUUGUUUCUGUCGUGCAAUUGUGCUUCGCAACGUCCCAAAACUUAAUUAUUAUAACAAAUA